GGGCGGGAAGAGCGAACGUAGCUGACUGGAAGCUACUGUGUUUAAAUCUGCAGCACAUUUCUUUUUAAUUCUCCUCGGCGCUCAUGGUUCGCGGGAUUUACUGACACACGGGGGACUGCGAGGUCUUUUGGAUACGUUUUAAGUGGACCGUUGCUGAAAAGUAAAGGGGUUUUGGAGAGUACGAGACAGAUGGAGGAUCCUGCAGAUUCUGGCGGUGGUGGCGACGGUGCAGCAGCGGAGGGCCCCGUGGUGCAGGUGGCAGAUAUCUGCUGGCCGAGUGGGGCUCUCCCUCUUCGGCUUCUGGAAUGGAAAGUCAAACCCGGGACUCUUGUUAACGUGGACUCCGUGCUGGCACUGUGUGCUCCCAUACCGCAGGAGAAGGGGACAGAGGCUGCCAGGCUACCGGAGAGGAAGGUGAAGUCGGACCGUGCUGGAGUAGUCAAGGAGCUAUGCUGUCAACUUGGACAAGUCAUACCGCCCGGGGGCGUCAUCGUCAGAAUAGAGGAAUGCAGCCAUCCGAUAGUGAUGAAGGGUUUAUGUGCGGAGUGUGGCCAGGAUCUGACACAGCUGCAGAGCACGAAUGGGAACCAGCAAACUCCCAUCUCCACAGCAACCGUCUCCAUGGUGCACAGUGUCCCUGAGCUGAUGGUCAGCUCAGAGCAAGCAGAGCAGCUGGGCAGAGAAGACCAGCAGAGACUCCACCGGAACAAAAAACUGGUCCUGAUGGUGGAUCUGGACCAGACUCUGAUCCACACCACUGAACAGCACUGCCAGCGCAUGUCCAACAAGGGUAUUUUCCACUUCCAGCUGGGGCGAGGGGAGCCGAUGCUCCACACACGGCUGCGGCCACACUGCAAGGCUUUCCUGGAGAAAAUCGCCAAACUCUAUGAGUUACAUGUCUUCACAUUCGGGAGCCGCCUUUAUGCACACACCAUUGCAGGCUUUCUGGAUCCUGAAAAGAAGCUUUUCUCUCAUCGGAUCCUUUCCAGAGACGAAUGCAUCGACCCUUUCUCCAAGACGGGGAAUCUUAGGAAUCUUUUCCCUUGUGGUGAUUCCAUGGUUUCCAUCAUUGACGACCGAGAGGAUGUGUGGAAAUUUGCACCAAACCUCAUCACUGUGAAGAAAUACAUCUACUUCCAGGGCACGGGGGACAUCAAUGCACCCCCUGGAUCACGGGAAGCUCAGAUGGCAAAGAAAGGAGGCCCGUCAAGUCGACCAGCAGAAACCACAGAACCGGGGACACUUGGUGCCGAUGAGCAAAAUAAUGGCCCCAGGAAAAGGGCGAAAGAUCACAACAUUUCUGGAAAGGACGAGUCCACAGCAUCUCAGUCUUCUCAGGGAGUCCCAACAAAUGAACGGACACAUCCCACAGGGGUUGUAGAGGAUGAAUCAGGACAAAGUAAAGAGUCAGAGACUGGGGUGGAGUCUGGGGCAGGGUCGGGGGAAACUCAGGUGGAUGAUGGAACAAAUAUUAAAGGAGAUGAUAGUAACAGGACACUGGUGACACGAGAGGCGCUGGACAGUGCAAACUCCUCAGCACCGAGCCAUGGGUCUAAUAACUUGGACUUUGAGCUUUCCAGUGAUAGUGACAGUGACUCCAUUACAGAAAAGCCUCCCUCAUCAGAGAGUGAUAGUGAAGGCAAAUCUUGCCAGGCAAAGCAAUCAGGGCAGGAAAGAAUCACACGAGAGCCUGGUGAUGGGGAUGAGCCAACAGAAGGGGACAGUAAAGGUCGGAGUGAAGGCGAAACUAGCUCUGACUCAGCAGAACAUUCAGGAGUUCUUCUACCAGUCCCGGAGCUGGGCAAUGGCUGCUCAGAUAGAAGAGAGCCAGAAACAGAGUCGCAGAAUAGUGAACAAUCUGGGGUCACCAUGGGGGAGGAGCUGCUGGACCAGAGUAUGGAAGAUGAGGAGGAGGAUGAUGACGAAGCUGAUAUUGACCAGGACGAUCACCUGAUCUACCUUGAAGAGGUUCUGGAGAGGAUCCAUGCCGAGUACUAUGCACGAUAUGAGGCCUACCUGAGGAAAGAGGUCUCGGAAAUGCCGGACAUCCGCAAGAUUGUCCCGGAGCUGAAAAGCAAGACACUGGAAGGCACGAUGAUAGUGUUCAGCGGCCUGUACCCAACCAACUACCCCAUGGAGAGGACCCGUGAGUACUACCAUGCCAAAGCACUUGGAGCCAAGAUUGGCAAGAAUCUGAUUCUUAACUCUCAAGAUCCCAUUCGGACCACGCAUCUUAUUGCAGCAAGAGCUGGCACCGAGAAGGUCCGUCAGGCACAGGGCUGCCAGCACCUCCAUGUAGUCAACCCUGACUGGCUGUGGAGCUGUCUGGAGCGCUGGGAGAGGGUGGAGGAGCAGCUGUACCCGCUGAAGGAGGACUACUCCAAGACGCCAAGGAGCAACAGUCCAGCAGCAUUCCCUGACAUUCAGGGUUCCCUGCACAAGCAUAUUUUCCACCCAGCUCCCAUCCAGCAAAGACCUCCAGCUGCAGCCCCCGAGGUUCGCACCUACGACUCUGUCACAGGGAAGCUGAUCCGCAGGGGCCCUCAGGUGACGCGGCCGCAAACCUACCACCAUGCGUCAGGGUCUUUGUUGCUCUCUGAUCAAAGAGAGCAGUCUUGUCUCAGGGGAACUUCAAAGAAUCAGCAGGAUGACGUGACGGGGUCUAGCCAAGAUGAUGAGCAGCCGGGGCCGUCCCGUCGGAAACGACAGCCGAGCAUGUCAGAAACUAUGCCUCUCUACACACUUUGCAAGGAAGAUCUGGACAGCAUGGAUAGAGAGGUGGAUGACAUCUUAGGCGAGGAGAGCGACAACGAAAGUGAGGGCAGAGGGAAGGAGAAGACGGGUAAUGAUGAGGCGGAGGAUGAAGAGGAGCAGCAGCGGCAGCAGCCAACAGGAGCUGGACAGAUAGCUGCGGGAGGGCUCGGGCCCCAGGCGAUGACAGUGGAUGAGAGGAGCCAAACGCCACCAAGGGAGGCCAGUGUGUCGGUUAGUGUGCAAAGGGGCCACAAACGUAAGCACGAUGAAGCCAAGGAGGAGGAGGGCGAGAACAAGGAGGAGGAGGAAUCUGCUGACGAGUCUUCGAAAGACUCUAAUGAAGAAGAAGGAGGCAGCAGCUCGGAGGCGGACGAGAUGGCCGCAGCCUUGGAGGCAGAGCUUAAUGACUUCAUGUGACAUGGCGAAUGAAGGAAGUCAGUCACGGAAAAGGACAACAACAACAACAAAAAUCAGCCCAGUCGCCCCUAAAAGUGGUACCUAAAAAUCCUAUUUUUCUGCUUUGGAAUCGGUGUGUCCUUAGGAUGUAUGAGCCAUGAAUGUGCUGUUCUAAAUAUGAAUGUCCUGUACAGAAAUGACGUGUUGCUGUGUAAAUAAAGGCUUAGGUUGUUUUUUUUUGUAGCAUUGAUAUAUGGCCUUUUUGGCAUAAAACAUUUGAUGUUAACAUUUUAUUGUAAGAUAACAAACUGUAGGAGACAUAAAAUUUGAUACUUUUUUGUUUUACUUUUUUCUAUUCCAAUUUUUAUAUUGAUGAGAAAAAAGCUCAUUGAAAUUAUAAAGCGUACAUUUUUGCCGGUCGUACAUGCCAAAGAGUUUGGAAUAGGUUUGCCAAGGCGUGCAGCUAAAUGUUUUACUCUGGACUUCCACUUUUACUUUUGUUUUGGCCUCCUCAACAGUUUGUUUGGGUCAUAAAUGCAACCAGCAGAUCUAGACAUUUGAAUGUGUUUUUUCUUGAGUCAUUUCUUCCUCGUUAAGGUGUUUGUACAUUUAAUAACAUAAUGGUAAUAUCAGCUUCUCAGUUGUUGUGAUAA